GAAUGCUGAGACUGAGCGUCCCAGAACCGGACGGUCCUGCUUCGGAGGCGGCCUGUUGAUUGGCUCGUGACACUUACGGAAAGCGGGGAGAAUGGAAUGUUGGGGACUCUGAGCGUUCCAGAGAUACUUUGCUGUUGUUGUUUCAUUCAUUUUUUACGCAGCCGCGGAUGCAAAAAGGGAAAGAAAGAAAAAAGUAGGGUGAGAUUUUGCAGGCGAAAGUCGCCUACUCAGAAGUAGGUUCCAUUAAAUUCAAUGGGACUUGCUUCCAGGGAAGGGUAGCGUUGCAGCCUCAACCUAGAGCCUUCUGCGGAGGCCCUUCUGGAUUAAAAAUCUUUGGAAUUGCACUUUCUGCUGCGAGAGGAUCCCUUGAAGGCGGAUUCCCAGGCGUCUCUUGGCGGAAUCGACGGACCCGGGGACCCGGUUGGGACAGGAACCAGGAAAAGUCACGAGGAGGUACAUUCAUCUCUCUUGGCUAGACCGCGCUCUCCGCCUUGCACGACCGUAGGCGGGAGAGAAGCGCUGCAUGGGGGUGGGGUCUGUGCGAAGGGUCUGUGUACUGUAGCGUCUUUCUACGGGGCUUUGAAUUCACCGAUCCUUUAAAGUUCCACAUACUUUGCAAAACUGUUGCGGUGCCGGCGCCGGACCUGAGAGCGAAGAGCCAGUGCGCUGUUGUAAUCUGAAAGGGGCUCUUUUAAAAUGCGAUUUCCGCCCGUGGGAGCGGCUUUCAAACUUCCAUCACGCCAACUCUCUGUGUCCGCUGGCAAUCGAAAUAUACAUAAAGUGACGCUUUUCUUCUUUCAAGAAUGUACUUGAAACGGACCUAAAUGAUCUCUUCGGCAUGCCUCAUGGGAAGCGAUUUAUAAAUGAAAUUAAUAUUAUUAUCAUCCAUAAUGAUGAUGAUGUUGCUUACUUUGUUUUUAAAAUUUAUUUAUUUAUUUAUUUAUUUAUUUAUUUAUUUAAGUGUGAUGGCAGGGACAGCUGCCAGAUUAUAGGAAGGGGAUGAGAUUCUGUAAGGUGGAGUGGUGUGUGUGUGUGUGUGUGUGUGUGUGUGUGUGGAGAACCUGUGACUUUCCAGAUGUUGAUGAACUCCACCUCCCCUGAGCUCCAUCCAGCCUGGCCAAAGGUCAUGGUUGAUGGGAGUGGUAGUGCCAGCAGCAGCAGCAGCAUAUGGAAGCUUCCACAGGCCAGCUCUUAGGUUUGGGUGUGUAUUUAGUGGCGAUGGCAGGAAUCCUUCAAAGCAUGUAGCUGGUGCGUUAAGAAAUAGUGAAACCAAGAAGUGCUCCUGUCAGUGUCGAAACAGCCAGGUGACUGUCAAAUGUGAGUCAACAGCAGGAGGCUCUGAAAAGGAGGUGAGGCGAGUGAAACAGCUGAGGAUCUUGACGCAACUCUACAUUAUUUGCUCUCACUGUAGCAUGACGGUAAAGCCCUCUCUGUUGGUGUCAUAGAGAGGAUUGAUAAGGAACUUCUACACAGGGCCUGCUUGACUUUGUUUCUCAUUCUGUAGCACUCCUGGGUCUUGACCCGUAGGUGGCAUCUCUACCUAUAACCAUGCAUUUCAAGCUGGCUGCUGACACUGUCCCCUCUGCUUUCUAUAUUUCAUCUGUCACCCUUUCCCCCAGUCUACUAAAGCAAGAGGGACUUCACCAUCCCCCCACCCCACCCCACAAAUGAGAUUGGAGGCAGGUAAAUGACAGGGACCACAAUGGCGUUAAAAGAUGAUUGGGCAAAGUUGGAAAAGGUUCAGAAAAGGGCAGCCAAAAUGAUCAAGGGGAAGCAGCGAGUUCCCUAUGAAGACAGGUUGCAGCAUUUGGGGACUUUUCAGCUGAAGAGCAAAGGCUUGCAAGAGGCAGCAUGAUAGAAUUUUAUAAAAUUAUGCAUGGCAUGGAGAAACUGGAUAGAGUGAGGUUUUUCUUCCCUUUCUCAUAACACUGGAACUUUUGGACAUCGAAUGAAGCUGCAUGUUGGAUGAUUCAGGACCAAUGAAAUAAAGGACUUGGUCACGCAGCACAUAGUUAAAUUAAGGAACUCGAUCCCACAGGAGACAGUGAUGGCCACCAAUUUGGGUGGCUUUAAAAGAGAAUUGAGACAAACUCAUGGAGGAGAGGGCUAUCGGUGGCUAUGAUCUGCCUGCACAACUGGAGGCAGCAAUGCUUCUGAAUGCCAGUUGCUGGAAGCCACAGGAGGGGAGAGAGCUCAUGUGCUCCAAUCCUGCUUGCUGGUUUCCCACAGGCAUCCGGUUAGCCACUGGGAGAACAGGAUGCUGGACUAGAUGGGCCAUUGGCAUGAACCAGAAGGUUCUUCUGGUGUUCCUAUGGACCCCUUUUCCUCUCCCCCCCCCCAUCUUCUUUUCUCUAGGCUAAACCAACCCUAGCAGAGUUGAGGCUGGGUGGAGAGGAGAGGAGGAUGGAGGCAGCAUAAUAAUCAGAGCCUUCUGUUGCUGCUGAAAAUGAAGAUUUGUUGUGGCAGGUGUUUCUCGUGGACUUGAGAGUCCACUUUAUCAGGUGUGUUUUGCUUUCCUUGGCAUAGUGGGGGAGGAAGAAUGGUACUGAACGCUGGCCAAAUUAGCCAGGAAAUGUAAAGCUUAGUCUGCAGAGAUCAAAGGUGGGUAAAGAUAAGCGCAGCCAUGCAGCCAGUUGAUGCUCUGGUUUCUGUCUCUGCUCAUGUGGGAGUGAGUCAGUGCUCACUCUUUUUAAAAAUAAACAAUUAGCCACCAAUCAGGGUUUUCAGAACAACAACAGCAUUUGACACAGAUGGAUCUCACUAGGCAAAUGGCUCCAGAGGGCUUGGGCCACAGACAGAGAAGGUUUUGUGCCACAGUCCCAGCCUCUAACAUCUGUGCAAUCAUGAGGCAGGAGGUCUGGAGACAGCCUGCUCCCAUUUGCUGUAAGCAGAUGGGCACCAGUGGGGUAACUGUUUGGGGGCUUUGCAACCAGCCUGUCAGGCUCACCCUCCCAAGCACGACUCUGUUUCAGUCCUGUGCAACUUCCAUGGAGUUUCUUCUGAAACCAGUGGCAUCCCAGGCAACAGUUUACUCUCCCCAAAGGUGGCCAACAUCAGAUGCUAUUAGUCAUUGUCUCAACUGCUGCACAAGAAAUGUUUGUGUCAGGGCUUCGCUUCUUGAGUCACUAGAUCUCUAUAAACCAAUGCCUGGCCGCCCUUUCUUUGGAAGUUUCUACAAGUGAGACCUGCAACAAAAUGUUGCAGCACGGAGUAUGCUCUGUUCAGCAUACCAACCAUCUCCAUUCCCUGUCUUCCUCUCCAUCAGCAGUCAAGGCAGCGUUUCACAGCCAUUGAGCAUGCCCAGUUGGAAUGGUGUAUCCUAAAAUAUAGGAAGCUACCUUAUACUGAAUCAAACCAUUGCACCAUCUAUCUCAGUACUGUCUGCACUGAUAGGCAGCAGUUCCCCAGGGUUUCAGGCAGGGAACUUGCACUGCCUGGAUAUGCCAGGGAUUGAACCUGGGACCUUCUGCAUUCAAAGCAUAUGCUCUGCCACUGAGCUACGGCCCUUCCCUAACAUUACUGGGAUGAACACUAGGAGACUGUGCACCUUCCCAUGUCCUAAGAGUAACAGCUAUCAGUGGGAAGAAUGCUCCCAAUUUUGCUAAAACAACCGAAUAUUUUGUGUUCAGUUCUUGCGACAAGAAGGUAUGUUUUACUCUUCAAGCAUUUCAAAAGUUUUUGUUCCAUGUGACAGGAUAGCGGCCCAUGGAAGCAAAGUUGUUUGAAUCCCCGCCCCAUUGAAAUCCAUGUAACAAGGCUGUACGCUUACUUUGGCCCCAUUGAGCUCAGUAGGGUUACCUUUAAGUCAGCAUGCAACGGAAAUGUACUAUUAAAGUGCUUAACUUUGGCAGCAGGGGGUUCAAGAUGUGCUCUGCAGCAGUUAAGACCCAUGACUCCAACUAAGCCAUACUACCAACUAAGUAGACCCACUGAAAUUAGCCAUGUCCAUUGACUUCAAUGGGCCUACUCUGAGUAGGGCUAGCAGUGGAUACCAUCCCCAGUUUUCCCGUGUGUGUGUGUGUGUGUGUGUGUGUGUGUGUGUUAAAUCACAGCUGCAGCCUUGACGAAAGACUGUGCCUAUCACCUAACAGCUGCAAAUGAUUGCUAAAAGCCAGUGCGAAGGAGCUAAACUUGCUCUCUGAACUGGUCAGCUGUCUGCUCUGAAAAUUUGCUGAGUCACAAUAUUGUUUUGCUUCAGAGUUCAGAUUCCUCUCAUUCCGAUCUUGUUCUUUUCUGCAUCUGCAUUAUUUCCCAGCCUUGUUAUUGAAUUUGUUCCAGGUGUUUUUUCUUCUUCUUUGAAACUGGCAAUGGGUUGUUUUGUGGAGGCCAACAACCUCUCCACAUUUUGCUGUUAUCCAUGAACUGAUCCUGCCGCCUUUCCUGGGUGAAUCACUUCAGUUCUACCUUUCACCCAGUUCUUUCCCCUAGAAAUUGCACAAUGUAGGACAGUCAUGAAUUUAUUGGGUGCCUCCCAGUGGAUUCCUUAACCAGGAUCACUUCUGUCGCUGCAGGCUUUGAGAUCAAAUCACUUCUGAAGAGCUCUGCAAUGGUUUCAUUUUCAUGUUAUAUUACACCUGUGUCACUCGUGAAACUAUUACUUGUGAAACUAUUUGGCUGUUGUGGCUUCUAAAGAACCCUGGGAGCUACAGAUGUUAUUAUUAUUGUCAUCUACAUGUAUUUGCCCCUCUUUACAAAAAUAAAAGCCUCCAAGUGACUUAACAAUACAGCAGGAUUUUUUUAAAAAAACCAACCAAUGCAUCAUAGAAGACACCAGAAAUGUUCAUCUGAUAUAAUAUUAAAGAAAGCCCUUCCCAUACCCACCUAAAUAUGAACCCUGCUGCAGGGGCCAGUUUGGUUACCAAAGGCCAAAAUUCAAUGAAAAGUGCCUAGUGCCUAAACACUGAUAAUGACGGGGUUUUUCUUGUGGAGAGUGUUCCACAGAUAUAGGGGGCCACCACUGAAAAGAUCCCCUCCACGGUGGAUUAAGCCAGGAGAAUUACAGAUAACUAAAUCCAGGGGCUUUUAGUGGGUGAAGUCAAAGGGAUUAACUUUCCUUCAUAAUCUCUUCUGGAGUGGGGGGUGGAGAUGGUCACUUCCUUACCAUAAAAUAAUUAAGAGGUGGUCAAGUGGGUGCAUCACUCCUCAUACAUUGAUACUCCAAGAAGCUCAGGGUGGCAUACACAGUUCUUUCCGUUUUAUCCUCGCAACAACCCUGCAAGGUAGGGUAGUCUGAGGGGGGAGAGAGAGAGAGACUGGCCCACUGUCACCCAGUGGGGCUUCAUGCCCGAGUGGGGUGGGGAGUUUGAUGCUUAUAAAACCAUAGAAGUGUAGAGCUGGAAGGGACCUCAAGGAUCGUCUAAUAGUCCCACCGCCUGCAAUGCAGGAAUCGCAAUGAAAGCAUCCAUGGCAGAUAGCUGUCCAGCUUCUGCUUAAAAGCCUCCCAUGAAGUCUUCAAGUUCUUAGUCCAGAGCUGAGUCUAACCUCUACUCCACACUGGCUCCUUAUAGGGGACAAAACACGUGAGAGGAGAGCUGUUGCCUGUGUAAGCUUUCCAGACACUGACUGGCUGGCUGGGGCCAGUGGAUUAGGUGACCCCUUGGCCUGACCCAGCAGAGCUGCUCUUUACAUUUAUGGGGAAAAGGUUGGUUUUGAUGGAACAGAGAAAGAGGGAGGUUUGCACCUCAUUGCCACCCUGGUGUGGAGUUCCAAGUGGCUUAGAGCUUUCCUGCUAAGAACCCUUUUGCUUUUCAUCCUUGGUCUCCACCAAGGGGUACAAUUAAUGCCGCCCUGUGCAAAGCUCGGGAACGUUUUGCAUUACAAGACAGAAGUCCACAGAAGAGUCCUGUGAAACUAAUCAGCCCCGCGGAUUCUGUGAUGAAAGGUUACUAGAGGCCUCCUGCCAAGAGCUCUCAUGAAAACAACCUCUCGCUAAUAGCUAUGAAAGGUUGGCUCCAACGGUCCUUUUUAUAUAUAUAAUUGGAGUUUGCCGUUCUCUGCUGUGUGUUCCCACUUCAAAUGGGCACCGAGAUCAGAGGUACUGUAGUUUUUAGUUUUCUUUCCUUUUCAUGCUUCUCCCUCCCCUCCUGUUCUGUAGUGUGCAAAAGUCAUUAUGUUCAUAAUAGCAGAAGCAAAGCGACUCCGUGGUGGCUUUUAGUUUUGUCUUUUAAAUAUAAAACGAUCACGCUGGCUGAUGGUGGGGCAGUCGGUCCUUCACUAUUACAGACUGAUCCUCAAAGCAACUCAGCAGUGCAUUUGUUUCUUUUCUUUAAAAAAAAUAAAUGCUGAAGAAGCUUCCAUGGUCCUUAAGCUGAACAGCUCUUAUGCGCACUUAUAAAUCGCUGCUGUUUCUAAUCACCUACAGUGAGCGCAAAAUUGCCUCCAGGCAAAAAGGCGUUUUUUGUGUGAAAUAAAAGUGGUUCUUAAUCAUAGAAUUGUAGAGUCAGAAGGGACCCUGAGGAUCACGUGGCCCAGCCCACUGCAAUUCAGGGAUCUGCAUCUGAUGCCCCAUGGCAUCCCGGAUUCCUUCUUGCAGGCUGUUGGGGAAAUAAAACAUGGCUGUAGUCGUGUGUGGGCUAGUAACUUUUGUAGGCUUAAGAAGAAGAGUUUGGAUUUGAUAUCCCGCUUUAUCACUACCCUAAGGAGUCUCAAAGCGACUAACAUUCUCCUUUCCCUUCCUCCCCCACAACAAACACUCUCUGAGGUGAACGGGGCUGAGAGACUUCAGAGAAGUGUGACUGGCCCAAGGUCACCCUGCAGCUGCUUGUGGAGGAGCGGGGAAGCAAACCCAGUUCACCAGAUUACGAGUCUACCGCUCUUACUGGCUGUUGAUCCAACACUGGCUGUUGGAUCAUCUAGUCCAGCAUCUUGUUCUCACAGUGGCCAACCAGAUGCGUGUGGGGAAAUCCACAAGGAGGAUUCAAGUGCAAGAGCACCCUCCCCUCUGGCUGUUUUCUGGGAACUGGUAUUCAGAAGCAGUGCUGCUGCUUCCAGCUGUGGAGGUGGAGCAUAGUCAUCAUGGCUGGUAGCCAUCCAUAGCCCUCUCCUCCUCCAUGAAUUUGUUGAAUCCUCUAUGAAAGCCAUCUAAGUUGGCAGCCAUCACCGCCUCCUGUGGGAGGGAGUUCCAUAGUUUAUGUGCUAGGCUUGUCUGGAUGGGCUGCUGUUGCCUAAGAGGUAUGCAAUAAACCUUCUUUGGAAUAAAUUGGCAGGUGGGUAUAGGCCAUAUGGUUCUUGGGAAGCAAAGAUUUCCACAAGUGAAAUUAGAUUGGGAUAGACAGGGGUUGCCUUCUCCUAUAGCACGCACUGCGGCUCAUGAGCAUUGGGGAGCAUUUCAGGGGGGAAUUGACUUUCUCUCUCUUCCUGUAGGGGAGAGGUGGGGGACCUGUGGCUCUUCAGGUGUUGCUGAACAGCUCCCAUCAUCUCUGACCAUUGGCCAUUUGGGCUGGGGAUGACGGGAGUUGAAGUCCAACAACAUUCACUGUCCCUUCCUAUAGCAUGUUGCGGUCCAUGGGGGCUGACUUCGUGGCGAGCCCCUGAGUUGGGUUAGGCUUUCUUUUUUGGCUCCUUCUCGUUUCUUGGCCCUGCUUGGCUAUUCAGUUGGACCAAAAUACGAUUUUAGUUAAUUUUUAUAGAAAGUUUAACAAAGUGAAAAGAAACAACUGCCCCACCACCAGCUCACAUUAAUAAUACAAUGACCAUCAAUACACCCAUCUCAGUUUAGGCAUGCGAGUCAAGAUAUGUCAUAUAAAUGUCCUGAUAGAUAUCCAAGCCAAAUCGACAUUCACAAGAAAUGAGUUCAAAUGUGGCAAGGGCAGUGUGGUCCUCAAGAUCAUUGCAUAACAGAUUGUGGGUGUUUCGUUUUUUUCCAGGCUGGAAGAAUAAGGGAGUUCUGGAACAGUCAUGAAACUUUCACAAAACGUAACACGAGCCUCCUAGCUUAAUUCCUGGGAAUGUUGAUGCAAACACAGUUUCACUGAGUUUUGUGGGCCCUCCUUGAGAAAUGUAGGGGAAAUCUCUUCCCAUCAAUAGUGACUGGUACAUUCUUGAGCAACAUCUAACAGACUGCAUUGUCAACAUGAUCAUUCUAGCGGUUUUUAAAACAAUUGUCAUUGCUAGCACUUUCUCCCUUGCUGUUGUUUCCUCUCUACAAAGCUCUUGUGUGGUGUAGCUGUUGCACAUUUUGUGAAGGGAGGUGUCUUGGAUAUUGAAUUUUCAGGGUUAUUUUUUAUGCUUAUUUACAAAGUCAUUGUAGAAAAGGAACCUGGCCAUGGCAUGACCUUCAGUGCUUUGGAGCUGUGUGUUCCUUGGUGAAUGAUCUCUUAGGUUACCCAUUGUGUGUACGUGCAAGAAAAAACAUGUGCUCUCUGUGAACUUCAUUUUAUAUGAUGCCUUUGGGAAAUGACUCAGUUUCUUCAUACAUGUGAAUGUUUGGCCUGCCACUAGGGUUUCAAAAUCUUAUUUUGUUCAACACAAGGCAGAACAGUGUGGGUGCACCCUGCACUGCUCAUGAACAUUUGCAGAGAUGUUGCAGAGAUAUUCACAAAACCAUGCAGCUAUGAUCCUUCCUAGACUGUACCACUUCAGACUGCUGCUAGGGGGACACAUUUGAAUCCUUCUCCCUUUCGAAAGCAUUUUUUUUUCUCCCACUAGGAUAACGGGAAAACUAGAGUCUUCUUCCCUGACAUGCUAGAUUUCUAUGUGUGUGGUGUCUUUGACAUGUGGGAAUGUCCAAACAUGUAAGACACACACACAAACAUUCUGCAGUCAUAUAGUCCUGAAAGGAUGGUACCGUCUGAUACUGAUUACCAUGUUUCGCUCGGUGUUUUGGUAUCAGGUGUUUGUACAUAUGUGCAAGCAUAGAAUUAUGAUGGGGGUUGCUGUAGACAAGUAAUUCUGGUUUUGUCUUAUUACAUGGGCAAAGGCACUUUUCAGAGUCUUGACAUUUUGAAUUCAGCCACUGGGAUGUUAAGUGGGGGGAGCAUAAGGUCAUGGCACUGACGAGGGAAGAUACAUAAGCAUAGGCAGUGGCCAAUCUAGGCCAUCAUGCUGUUCUCACUGGUUAACCAGUUGCCUUUUGGAAACCCACAAAUGAACCUGGGCACAACUACAUAUGAAGGCAGCCCUGUUUAGAGAAGUUUUUGAUGUCUGAUGUUUUAAUGUAUUUUUAAUAUUUUGUUGGAAGCUGCCCAGAGUGGCUGGGGAAACCCAGCCAGAUGGGCAGGGUAUAAAAUAAUAAUAAUAAUAAUAAUAAUAAUAAUAAUAAUAAUAAAAUUCCAGUUCUGCAGUUUCCAGCAACUGGUAUUCAGAAGCAUAGCUGCCUCUGCCAGUGAAGGUAGAGCAUAGCCAUUGGGCUUAGUAGCCAGUUAUAGCCAUAUCCUCCUUUUGUAUAAUGUUUUAAAGCCAUCCAGGUUGGUGGCCAUCACUGCCUCUUGUGGUAGUGAAUUCUAUAGCCAGCCUAGCUAUGCACCAUGCGAAGAAGUUUCUUUUGCCUGUCCUGAAUAUUCCAACAUUCAGCUUCAUUAGAUGUCCCCAAGUUCUCACAUUAUGAGAAGGGGAGAACAGCUUUUCUCUGUCCACUUUCUCCACACCCUGCAUCAUUUUAUAUGCCUCGAUCGUGUUGUCUCUUGCUUGCCUUUUCUCCAAAACAGGGUUUCCCAAACUUGGGUCUCCAGCUGUUGUUGGACUACAACUCCCAUCAUCCCCAGCUAGCAGGAUCGGUGGUCAGGGAUGAUGGGAAUUGUAGUCCAGCUGGAGACUCAAAUGUGGGAAACUCUGCUCUAAACAAAAAAACCCCUGAUUGUUGCAACCUUUCCUCUUAGGGGAGUUACUCCCACUUCCUUGAUCCUUUUGGUCUCAGAUUCAGCAGUCACAGCUUCUGUUUUCCUUCCUUGCUUCCAGGUGACCUGUCAAGAUGGUAGACCAUCUGGCCAACACUGAGAUCAACAGCCAACGCAUUGCGACUGUGGAGAGCUGCUUUGGAGCAUCCGGCCAGCCGUUGGCCAUACCUGGAAGGGUCCUCUUGGGCGAAGGGAUUUUGACCAAAGAAUGCCGGAAGAAAGCCAAACCGCGGAUCUUCUUCCUGUUCAACGACAUCCUUGUGUAUGGAAGCAUUGUGAUCAACAGGAGGAAGUACAGCUCCCAACACAUCAUACCGCUUGACGAAGUCACCCUGGAGACUUUGCCGGAUACCCUGCAGAUGAAGAACCGUUGGAUGAUCAAAACGGCCAAGAAGUCCUUUGUCGUUUCCGCCGCUUCCCUGACUGAGAGGAAAGAAUGGAUCAGCCACCUGGAGGAAUGCAUCCGCCACUUGCUGUCCAAGAUGGGCCAGCAGCCCCCCACGGAACAUGCCGCCCCCUGGAUCCCAGACAAGGCCACCGACAUCUGCAUGCGCUGCACGCAAACCAAGUUCUCCACUCUCACGCGCAGGCACCACUGUCGGAAGUGUGGCUUUGUGGUGUGCGGAGACUGCUCUCGGCAAAGGUUCCUGAUGCCUCGGCUGUCCCCGAAGCCUUUAAGGGUGUGCAACCUUUGCUACAAACAGCUGGUGGCAGCGAAAAAGGAGACCGAGGAACAGUCGAAGACAGCCCAUUCUCCUCUGGCUGGCUAUGAGCCUUCCAGCGGAGAUGACAGCGACAGGUCCGACGAGGACAGAGUGGAACAGUGGUCAGCGGAGGCAGAGUUUUACACGUCCAACACAGCUUGGUCAUCUUUCCAUAGCUGACCCCUGCAUGGCCUUGUUAAUUUCAGGGGCCAUACACUUAUUUCCAAGGAGUACAGGGAACACAUACUUUCCAAAGUGCACUUUUCAGAGGAGUAGCUUUCAUCGUGUCUUUUGGUCCCAUGUGUUUUCCUCCUCUGUGGUUAAGGAAAAAGAUACUGAAUCAAACUAAAAUAUGCAAGAGCCUGCUUGUCUCCUCUAAGGCCUGGCCUGCCCUAUAUAUGUGAAGCAGUAUCAUUCCGCUUCAAGUAGUCAUGGCUAUGGGGAAGGGCUGUAGCUCAGCGGUAGAGCAUCUGCCUUGUGUGCUGAAGGUCUCAGGUUCAAUCCCCAAUAGCAUCUCCAUCUAGGGCUGGGUGAGACUCCUGUCUGAAACUCUGGGAAGCCACUGCCAGUCAGUGGAGACCAUUCUGAACUAGGUGGACCCAAUGGUCUGAUUCAGGAAGCUUCCUAUGAUUCCCUUCAUGAAUCCUGAGAGCUGUCAUUUGUUAAGUGUGCUGAGUGUUGUGAGGAGACCCCUUAUUCUGUCCACAGAGCUACAGUUUCCAGAACAAUCUGUUCCUCUUCCCAGGGAACUCUGGGAAUUGUAGAGGUCUCUGCACCCUGAACAAAUCACAGUUCCUCAGAUUCUUUGUGGAAAGCCAUGACUUUUAAAGUGGUACGAUACUGCUUUAAAUGUAUAGUGCAGAUGGGGCCUAAUAGCGAGUUGUUUUUAUUGGCAUAUGUGGCAGAGCUGAAUUGGACCCCCAACACAUCAGGUGUUGAGCGUUGCUGAAAGUUUAGGUCCCUUUGAUAGAUUUGGGGGCACCUGAAAUGUUGACUUUCAGCUUGGGCAUUUUGCAGGCUUGGGCAUCAGAACGGCACCCACCCCAUCUUGUAGUCUCUGUCUUUCUUACACCCAGGAGUCAAAUUCUGGAUCCAUAAAUCAUAAGUUAUGAAACCAGAGGAAGAUCUCCUUCACAGUUUUUAAACUGACAGCACCAUGCAGAAAUUAAUCAAGGGCUUAUAAUAUGAUUGUAUAUCAAGAAUCUAGUCAUUUUUUUUAGGCUCUUCACAGAAGGAUGCACUUUUUUGAAUCUGCUUGAUGCAGAAGGAGGGUAGGACCUUCUUGACUGAGUAGGGAUUGAAAUGAACAGAAAAAGUUUUGGAGAUGCGCAUUUCGAAAUGAAGGUUUUUGGAGCAGCUUUGUCAUGUGAGCAGAUGGCUUCUUAACGGUGGUAUUGUAUUACGAGUGCUGGCUUGUGUGUGUGUGCGUAUGUGUAUAUAUAUAUAUAUAUAUAUACACACACACACACACACACACACACACACUAAGUUUGGCUUUGCUUCCUGGCCCCCAUUUUUUAUUACUAAUGUUUUUAUUUUUCAAAACAACAAGAGGGACAAAUGUUACAGUGCUUUGUUUGUGGGAGGCACAGGCCUUUUGCAACCAACUGUCAUGUUUUCCACAUGCAGUAAAUCAUACAAAUAACUGAAAACACUAUAUAUGUGAAAUGCUAAAAAUAGUUUGUAGACAAAAGGUGGUGGUGUGGCUUUUCCUGGAGGUGGGGGAAGGAUCCGGUUGUUUCCGCCUGCAAAGUUUUUUGAAGACUCUGCACUUAACAGUUGCUCCCACCUGAUGCAACACCAGUCAUUGACAGCAGAAAAGCCUUGUUAACAUUAAUUUAAAAUAACUCAUUCCUUACUCCAGUAGAAUGUAGGUUAACUCUUUUCUGUCGGCGACCGUUAGACAGCAGCAACUUGGUUGCCACAACAAAUGUUAUAUUGGACCUUAAUGUCAACCACAGUGUUGUUAGCCUGUUCAGUUACCUUGUUUUUUAUACUCCUCUGGUUUUUUUGGAGCAAAUAUGUUGACUGGCAUUUUUAUACUUACCGUUUUCUAAUCUGUGGGUUUUUAUUUUCAUUGGUCAAUGUGUUUACAUCAGAGCUGUUGGUCAACAAGCUUUUUAAGUUAAUUAACCAGGCUUUUCUCUCUCCCUUUAAUGGAUGCACAGAGUUCUGAUUUAAUACUACACUGCCGUAAUGCAAUUUUCAGGUCUCUUCUUGAAGAUUAGUGCAUGCUGAUGGAAAAUAACACAAAAACACUAGGGCCCCGUUUGACUGCCAUGGCAUGCUGUAUCGUGCAGUGGUUAGAGUGACAGACUAAGACCUGGGAGAGGCCAGAGUUGAAAUCCUCACUCGACCGUGAAGCUCACUUGGUGACCUUGGGCCCGGCACUGCCGCUCAGCCUCACAGGGUUGUUGUGGGGAUUAAAUGAGGAAUGGGAGAAGAACCAGGUACGCCAGCUUGAGCUCCUUGCAGAAAAAGAUGGGGUAAAAACGCAAUGAAUUAAAAAUUGCCGCAGAGGGCAGAUAUUGCAGCCUAGUCAUACUUGCUCAGAUGAGAUCAGUUUUGUCUACACCAGGAGAAAUCUCCAGAUGUUGCUGGACGACAAAUAAAUUCUGGUUAUUGUCUAUGAUGACUUCGACUGAUGGGAGUUGCAGUACAGCUACAUCUGGAAGGCAGUGCCAGCUGGCACUGGCUUUCCAAGGUUUCAGGCAGAGGACAUGCUAAGCUAACCUGAAGAUGCUGGGGACUGAACCAAGAACCUUCUGUGUGCAAAGUAGAUGCUCUGUAUCAGGACUUGAGAACCAAAUCUGGCCAGUGGACCAGACUGUUACCUCCCCCACCCCUUGCACACCAGAUCUGACAGGUGGAUGUAGAGGAUCCCUUGAGGUCACUAUGACGUCAGGUGGCCCUUUUCACCAAAGGGCUAGGCUAUGCAGCGCCUUGAAGAGGGCUUCUCAAGAUCUGACAGCCAGCUGAUCGUUGGGUCUUCAGGUGACCCUUUCAAGGCACCAUCUUUCCCAGAGCUUUGCAUAGGGCUCAGCCAAUCAAUGGAUAGCCGGUACCUGCAAAUCCCCUUUUGACUGAGGAGGGCAUGGGCUUGGCUGAAACGACCUUGUGGGCCAGCUGGAGAAGUCUGGUGGGCUGAAAGAGGCCCGUGAGCUAGAGGUUCUCCACCCUGCUCUGUUGCUCUCCUGCCCAUUCCAUGGGAAUUCUUGUAGCAUUUGUUGAGAGGGGCAGCCUACGCAUAGAUGGCUUUACAGUUUGCUAGCAAAGCCCGUGCUCUGCCUGCAGAUGGUCGUUGGUCUGAACUGAACCGAAGGCCACCUACUGAAAGCUGUGUAGAACUAAUUCAACACCCUAUUUUCCAUAUGUGCCUAAAUCCAUUACUGGAUUGUGGUGGAGGCUUUUUGCCUUUAUAAUCUGCUUCCAUUAGGAUAUGCACACUAUUUAAUGGAGCGUGUAAUCUUCAAGAUACGGACUAAUGGCAGGAAGCCACAGUCAUGGCUACUUUGUCACUUAAAAAGAAAAACCGUCCAAAAUGAGUAGCUGACCAUGUGAUUUUGAUUUUAAAUGCCGUCCGGCCUGCUGUGAACUGAAUGGACUCUCCGGGUGCUAGGUGGAUGUUUCCAAGUUGCAAAGAAAGAGCUGGAAAAGCGAAGAUUAAUGAGAAGGAGCUUGGCCUGCUCCCCACCCCCUCCAUGGAGUUCAUUCUUUUCCGACUGACUACAUUCCCCCAAGUCCUGUGUCAGCUGAAACAGUACCUUGCCUGCCCUCGCCCAUGGAAAACAGCGUAGAAAUUGGCCAGCAAAAGCCAUAACCGAAACAGAUGUUUCUGGUUUUAAGGAGCAUUUAAAAAGGAAAAAAAAAAUCCUUCUUUUGUCUUGUUUUCCUCCCUCAUCUGACUCAAAUAAAUAGCAAUAACAAUGGCGUGUUUAUGGAGUGUUGUUCCCAUGAUGCUUUGCAAGGCAUUGUACUUAAGCUAAGUGAAGGAUAUAGACAGCUGGAAGCUGGUUGCUUGAAUCUAGGCCCCAUUCUAGGCCCUCUUCCCAAGAACUCUCACACAAACCGGCCGUGUUCUCCACAGAGGAGACACAAAAGGCACAUUCGCACCAUACAUAUAAAGUGCUUUGACGCCACACUCUUCUUUCAAAGCGUUCUGGGAGCUGUAGUUUGCUCAGGGUGUUGAGAUGGUUGUUGGGAGACCACUGUUCCCCUCCCAGAGCUCUCCAUGAAGAGGGACUAAUGGUUAAACCACUCUUGGAAUUGGAGGCCUGUGAGGCGAAUACGCAGCCUCAGAACAACUCUCUGCUAUUCUUAACUAAAUUUUAUUCAUAAAAAUAUUUGUAUACCGCUGUGUCGUGUGUGUGUGUGUGUGUGUGUACACACACACACACACACACGGCGCUGCAGUAUGUAUAUAUGCAGUUUGCAGCAGUAAAACCACACAAUAAAAACCAUAUUUUAAAAGUUAAACACAGACAUCAAUGAACCAUUGUGGAAGGAUGUAUUCCACCUGCAAUAGGCCUGGUGGAACAGAAACGUUUUCAGCAGGUGCUUAAAAGUUGGCACAGAAGGUGCCUGCUAAAUCUCUAAUGGCAGAGGUUCCAGGUGACUCUUUGUCCACAGUGAACGAGGAUUGUAUUCACUGCACACCCUCACCCCAACUUGCCUUUUAGCUUGUGUUCUGGUGAGCUGCAAGUGAAGAACACUGGGCUGAGCUGUGUGUGUGUGUGUAGAUUUCAGUGUGUCGCCGAGGGAUUUUUUGCUGUUUCUGCUCCAAAAAACACAAAAACACGACACGUCUGCAUUCCUGCCACCACAGUAGACGCUUCUGCAUUCCAGUCCUCGACUGCCUUCCAUUCUAGAAGUCUAGAAAGCCAUAGAAAACAGAAAGUGUUCCUACUUGUAGUUGGUUCGACAGCUACAACCAUUUCUGGACCGGGAAAGCUUGGACACAGUGGUUCCUGCACUGGUUGCUUCAAGGCUGGAUUGCUGCAGUGCGCUCUGUAUGGGACUCCCCUUGCACUUGGUCCAGAAGCUGUGAGGUAGGUUAGGCUGAGAGACAGAUACUGGCCCAAGUCCACCCGGUCAACUUCAGGGCUGAUUGGGGGGUUUGAAUCCUGGUCUCCUAUGUUCUAGUCUGACACUAACCAACUACACCACAUUGGCAACAUUUUCCAAAUAAUUUUAUAUAUUUCUAUUAAUGCAAUUAAAUGGCUUCAAAAACGCAUGAGGCUGCCUAUAUUAGGUGCUAGGUGCUCUGCAGUAACCUUUCCCUCACAGCGCUCUACUGCUUUGCUGUAAGGGCCCCACCACACAAAAAUUGUGGUUGGCUUUUGCAGCAUGAAGAUCAGGAGGGGCGGCUUGGCAGAGACAUCUCCUUAUUACUCAUCUCACCUGCUCACACUCACAUUCAAACAAAGCCGCAGGAAAACGGCCACAGAAAAGAAUGAAACAAAGAUGGUGUUGUGGUUUGUCGGGGGGUGCGGCAUUAAAAAUGUUGUUGUUUAGUCGUGUCCGACUCUUCAUGACCCCAUGGACCAGAGCACAUCAGGAACUCAUAUGCCUGUUGUCUUUGUCCAUGGAGUUUUCGUGGCAGGGAUACUGGAGUGGCUUGCCGGUUCCUCCUCCAGGUGGAUCACGUUUGGUCAAAACUCUCCACUAUGAUCUGUCCAUCUUGGGUGGCCCUGCACGGCAUAGCUCAUAGCUUCUCUGAGUUAUUCAAGUCCCUUCGCCACGGCAAGGCAGUGAUCCAUGAAGGGGCAUUAAAAAUACUUCUUUGUAUAUGCCACAUACAGAGGUGAGGUUUAACAAACAGUUAGGUCAAAAGGUUAAGUGCUUCCUGUUAAAUGCUGAUUGAAAGUAGUUUGUUAAGGGUGCUGAGAAUUGUUAGGAGGCCCCUAACCAUAGCUGUCAACUUUUCUCUUUUCUUGCAAGGAAUCCUAUUUGGAAUAAGGGAAUUUCCCUUUAAAAAAGGGAAACGUUGACAGCUAUGCCCCUAACAGAGCUACAAUUCCCAGAGUGGUUUAAUAGUCAGUCCCUCUUCUCAGGGAAUAUGGUGGCCCUCAACACCUAUCACAACACUACAGUUCCCAUAAUUCCUUGGGGGGAGCCAUGGCUGUUUAAAGUGGCAUCACAGCUCUUUAAAUGGUGCGAAUGUAGACCUAAUCUCUGUUGAAAGCGUGUUUCACACCAAGAGACCUGCAACCUUAAAUGGUUAGAUCAGUUGGUCCUCUAUAACACUGCAGACAACCAAUAAGAUUCCUCCAAAUGAGCUCGAUGAGCGAGCUGGGAUAUAGAGGCUCACAUGAUCCUUACGGCAUCCUGGACACAAGUUGUUCAGGGCUUUGUAUAUCAACACAACAUCAGGGGGGACAGAGAAUAUGGCCUUGCAGAUACUGUUGGACUUCCAUCAUUCAUGAUACUUGGCUUUCCUGGCUGGGAUUGGUGUGACCAGGAGUCCUCCCAACAUCUGGUAGCAGGGCCAGUCCAAACAUGAGAAGGGAGUGAAGCAGCCCGCCUUGGGCAGCAGAAUCCCAUGGGCAAUGCCCCAAAGGGUACCUCACCCACUUCUGCUGCUGCUGCCAAGGUUGUGCAGUAGCAGCUUCCAUCAAGAUCUCACACAAUCUUGCAGAACUCUAGUGGGAUAUUGCAAAGCUUUCACAAGACCUCACUGAGCUCUGCACAAUCUCACGAGGUCUCACUGAAAGCUGUAUGAUCCUGGUAAGCGAGGCUUGGCAAGGCGGCAGCACUUUCCUGUUUCACCUCUGGCAGUGAAAUGGGAUGGAUUGCCCCUGCCUUGAGAGUCACCGAUUCUUCAUCCCUGGUAGACAUGAAAGGGGGGGGAAGGCCACGUUAUAAACAUAGAACUUCUUGACUCUGGAAACUCAACCUUGAAAUGCAUUUAGUUAUCAAAACCAGACUGGAGUCAGCUCUGGGAUAUUUUCUUCUGAAGUGGUGAGGCAUGACUGUUCUUCAAAGCUAGGAAAGUAACAAGGCACAGUUUUGUUUGAGAGAGAAAGAGCUGAGUGCAGUUUCAGAACUAUCCUUUGUUGUAUGCUUCCCAGUGACAGUGUUGGAGGCGCUCCAGCCACAAAUGACAGGAAAACGAGGCUCCCUUGCCUACGGAGCGAUGAAACCCAAAGCUUCGGCCUUCCAAAGUCAACAGAAAGGCAUUGCAGAAGAAAAACAGCCGCUGUAAGAGCAGAAGAAGCAAAAGCUCCGCAGCAGGAGAUUAGAUGCUUUGACAAGUGGUUACUGUAAAAUCAUUGUAUUGCACGAUUUUGAACUUUUUGCAAACUUCACACUUUUCCAAAUUUGGCAACGUUUGUGAUUACUGCAAAAUGGAUUUAAAAAUAAAAAUGGGGGUGGGGAGCUUUUGAUCUUCCUUAAACAUCUGUACCCAGAUAUUUCUUCCAUGUAUAAGUUCACAUAUGCAGACAAUUUGCUAUAGGCUCUGUUGGGUGCUACAAUCAGAGCAGGG